CAGCCACUCGCCCCGGCUGCGCGCCGGGACGCGCCCGCCACCGCCCCUGCCGCGGCGUCCGCCCCCCGGCCCCGGCCCCGGCCCCGGCCCCCGGGCUCGCCGAGAGAAGGUCCCUACCCCCGGGGCUGUCCACACUCAAGGCACAUCUCCUACCCUCUCUGUUCUUGGACAGAUCACCUACAGCGGCUGCCACAGGGAGCCAGGCCCCAGGGAGAGACCAGCCAUGGGCCUUCCACAGCCUCAGCGUCUGGGGGUGACACCUUAGGAGCACCAAGGGGCAGCCCCUGCCCACUGCCCCUCCGUGGGGAAAGCCCCCGGGGACGCAUGGACCAGCAGCCGUGAAGAGCCAGAGCCAAUGCCAGGCCCCCAGGGGGCCGGAGGAGCCCCUGCCAUGAGCCUGGGCAAGCUCUCGCCCGUGGGCUGGGUGUCCAGCUCGCACGGGAAGAGGCGGCUGACGGCAGAUAUGAUCAGCCCCCCGCUCGGGGACUUCCGCCACACCAUGCACGUGGGCCGUGGCGGGGAUGUCUUCGGUGACACCUCCUUUCUCAGCAACCACGGUGGCAGCUCGGGGGGCACUCAUCGCUCACCCCGCAGCUUCCUGGCCAAGAAGCUACAGCAGGUGCGGAGGGUAGGGGCGCCGCCCCGGCGGAUGGCCUCCCCGCCGGCGCCCUCACCUGCUCCACCGGCCAUCUCCCCGAUCAUCAAGAACGCCAUCUCCCUGCCCCAGCUCAACCAGGCCGCCUACGACAGCCUCUUGGUGAGCAAGUUCACCUUUGACCGCAGCCCUGCCACUUCCACGGACGGCCGCUCCAAUUACGGCCUGGACUCUGGGUUCUGCACUAUCUCCCGCGUGCCUCGCCAGGAAAAGCCUCAUGACCGAGACCAUGAUAGUACCUUCCCCUCUGAGCCCGAGCUUCGCCGCUCUGACUCCCUCCUGUCCUUCCGCCUGGACCUCGACCUUGGGCCAUCUCUGCUCAGUGAGCUGCUGGGGGUCAUGAGCCUUUCAGAAGCCUCUGCAGCUGACACCCCAGCCCCUGCCACAAGCCCCCCAGCCCAUGCCCCGAGCUCCCCAGCUCCUGCCACAAGCCCCCCAGUCCCUGCUGCAAGAACCCCAGCGCUUACCUCAAGACCCCCAGCCCCUGCCUCAAGUCCCCAACCCCGUGGACACUGCCCCAAUGGGGUAACUGCUGGGCUGUUGGCUGAGGUGAGGGCCAGCCCAGUGGAAGAUUAUCCCCGUGCACCUGCUGACGUGGCCCCUGGCAGGCACUGGGGAGCAGGCUGGGGGGACAGCCAGGGCAGCUCCUGGCGGGAGCUGCAGGGGGUGCUGCCCCAGGCUCGGGCUUCUUGGGACAGCCUGGAUGAAGAGUGGGGGCAGGCAGGCAGCAGGGCCCCUGUGCCCAGCACAGUGCAAGCAAACACCUUUGAGUUUGCUGAUGCUGAGGAGGAUGAUGAAGUCAAGGUGUGAGUGGCUGGCCAGGGGCUCAGGACCCUGCUGAGCUCAGGGCACCACCUAGGAACAGCCCAGGUGCAGAGUCAGCACCUGAUAUGUAGGUCCUACCCAUAAUAGAUGGGAGAACCCAGUUGCCCCCCAAGCCCCUCCAUGCCUCUGCAGGACAGAUGGGAAGGAGGCCAGAGGAGAGACCAGACCUGUUCUGGGACCUGGGUGUUCCCAUGGGCCCUGCUGGAUUGUCUUGCCUAGCCCCCUACUCGCCCCCCCCAUACCCCACCACUCUGGACCCAGGACCAUUCUUUAAGCCCCCUCCCAACCCUGUGCCACUGCCACUGGUUAGAGGGCCCAGCCUUACAGUACAGCCUUUGUGCCGGAAAAAAACUGUCCUGGGGAGGGGGGUGCAUACCACACAGGGCCUUUGUCUCCUCUCCUGAAGGGACCGCCUGCCCCAGCUCAUCCUAGAGCUGCCCCCAGGAAGGUCCCUGCUACAUCCCCAAGAGCCCUAGUCCCUGCCAAGGCUGCUUCCCCGAUAUUUCAACCCUGAGCCCUGACUUAUCCCAGAAGUCUCAGAGAAAAGUCAGGUUUGACCUCACAAGGGGAGGAGUCUCACCAUCCUGUGCUCCCCAGACCUGCUUCUGGGUCCCAAUUAAAAAAAGCUUUUUGAUAAAA